CGUCUGGGAUAACGCUUAGAGUAGUUUCUGGGCUGACUUCCAUUCCCAAGGCAGCAGCUGGGUGACACUGGACUUAAGAGAGUCUAAGGCAGUUGACCAAAAUGCCAAAUAUCAAAAUCUUCAGCGGCAGCUCCCACCAGGAUUUAUCCCAGAAAAUUGCUGGCCGUCUGGGUUUGAAGCUGGGCAAGGUGGUGACGAAGAAAUUCAGCAACCAGGAGACCUGUGUGGAAAUUGGUGAGAGUGUGCGAGGAGAGGAUGUCUACAUAAUGCAGAGUGGUUGUGGUGAAAUCAACGACAAUCUGAUGGAGCUUUUGAUCAUGAUUAAUGCCUGCAAGACUGCUUCAGCCAGUCGGGUAACUGCAGUCAUCCCCUGCUUCCCGUAUGCCCGGCAGGAUAAGAAGGAUAAGAACCAGGCCCCAAUCUCCGCCAAGCUUGUUGCAAAUAUGCUGUCUGUAGCAGGAGCAGAUCACAUCAUCACCAUGGAUCUACAUGCUUCUCAAAUUCAGGGCUUUUUUGAUAUCCCAGUAGACAAUUUGUAUGCAGAGCCAGCUGUCCUGAAGUGGAUAAAGGAGAAUAUCUCUGAGUGGAGGAAUUGCACAAUUGUCUCCCCAGAUGCUGAUGGAGCUAAGAGAGUGACUUCCAUUGCAGACAGAUUGAAUGUGGACUUUGCCUUGAUUCACAAAGAAAGAAAGAAGGCCAAUGAAGUAAACCGAAUGGUGCUAGUGGGAGAUGUGAAAGAUCGUGUGGCUAUCCUUGUGGAUGACAUAGCUGACACUUGUGGCACAAUCUGCCAUGCAGCUGACAAACUUCUCUCAGCUGGAGCCAUCAGAGUUUAUGCAAUCUUGUCUCAUGGAGUCUUUUCUGGUCCAGCCAUUACUCACAUCAACAGUGCAUGCUUUGAAGCAGUAGUAGUCACCAACACCAUACCUCAGGAAGAUAAGAUGAAGCGUUGCUCCAAAAUACAGGUUAUCGACAUCUCCAUGAUCCUUGCAGAAGCCAUCAGAAGAACUCACAAUGGGGAAUCUGUCUCCUACCUGUUCAGCCAUGUCCCAUUAUGAUAGAGUAAUAUUGGAGUUAUUGUAUUUUAAAUAAGAUAAAAUAAAA